GCCGCCCCCGCCCGGCCCCGCCCGGCCCCGCCUGGCCGUGUCCGUGCGGCCCUGGGUGGCCGCCAUGCCGCGGUACUGCGCCGCUACCCACUGCAAGAACCGCGGUGGCCAGAGCGCCAGGGACCAGCGCAAGCUCAGCUUCUACCCACACUGCGUGGAUCAGUCGCCAUCCCAGGCCUGCAGUAACCUCUGGACUGUUGUGGUUACAUGGCUGUCCCUUCCCAGGAUGCUGAAUUAUAAACAGUAUUUCACAAUCCUGAGGGAAGCACGGUGCAGAUUUCCACUUCAUGAUAAAGAGAGACUUGAGAAAUGGUUGCGGAAUAUGAAGCGAGAUUCAUGGACUCCAAGUAAGCACCAGCUCCUCUGCAGUGAUCAUUUCACCCCUGAUUCCCUGGAUGUGCGAUGGGGGAUACGGUACUUGAAACAUACUGCUGUGCCAACUAUUUUCUCUUCCCCAGAUGGUGAGGAAAAAGAUUCUUCUCAGAACAGUCCACAACAGAAAGAAGACCAGGAAGGAACAAAUCUAGUGUCAGAGAAAGCAUCUGUACCACUUGAACCUUGUACACCAAAGAAAAAUCCUGUAAUUGCGCAAAAUGUAGAGGAAAAAGCAGAAGUAGUUUGCUCAACUGCAUUGAGUAAACCUUUGCAAGUUCAAAACCUGCAACUUCAAAAUGAAAGCAGCUUUCAGGCAGACAGUGUCAUUCUUGAGAGUUCAUCUAAGCAGUAUGUACAUCAGCCUAAUCCUGUUUUAAUGGCAGCAGCAGUCCAGAGCAUGGAAGCUCCCAGUGUUCAUACUUCUGUAGAGGAUCCAGGAAGUUGUACAGCUACAGUCCUGCAAUUUACAGACCCUGAGUACUUGAAUUCAUCUCUGAACAAUGCUUUAGGGUCGGUUACUGACUAUGCAGUUGAAAAUUCUGUCCCUCACAUGGUCUGUUCUGGUGAAGUGCAGACAAGUGAAGAUGCAGUUUUACUGAGUACAGUCACACAAACUAUUGAACAGUUCAGUGGAAGUGAAGAGUCUGUCAUUGCUAUUAUUAUGCCAGCUGAGAGUCCAGAAGAGCCUGAAAGAGUAAAUAGUUCUUUCCUGCCUCUUGAGGAAGAGUUUCUUGACAGAGAGGAGACAGAAGUGAUUGAAUAUGGUGGAAAUGAAAUAUUGCAGACUGAGCAUUCAUACUGCAGACAAGACAUAGACAGAGAUCACCUUUGGCAAAAAAUUUCAAAACUUCACUCUAAGAUAACUUUACUUGAAAUGCAGGAGGUAAAAACUUUGGGGAGACUCAGGUCCUUGGAAGCCGUUAUUGGACAAUUGAAGCAAGAAAACCUGCUUUCUGAAGAGAAGCUGAAGAUGGUAGAAAACUACUUUACAACACUUGAAGUGACUAUGAUACAGUAAAGGCUUUCAAUUGAUGGUUCUAAAAUAUCUUGUUAGCCUCUUUGGCUGUACUUUUGGACAAAUUAACUUUUUUCCAGUCAUGGUGUUUUAAAACAUCUAAUGCUAAUUGUGUGAAUAGCAAAUAUUCUUUGAAAUGUUACAUCAGCCAAAGCUAAGUGGUAGAAUGUUGUCUAUAAAACGUGACUUGCAAGUAAGAUUAAAAAAAAACUAAACCAGGAGAAGUUCGUUUAAAUGUAUGAAUCAAGUUAGUAAAAGAUAAGUUAACCCUUUCUUAGCUGCAGGCUUCUCUGAAACACGAAACACCUGCAUUUGGGGCAGCAGUAGAAUGUAGAAUAAGCGUAUAAGAUGAACAAUUUUAUAUAUAUAUAUAUAUGUGUAUAUAUAUAUAUAUAUGCAUUGUCCAGUGAGAUAACCAAUGCUCUUUAGUUUUCUGUUCAUCUAACAUUUGUUCUGAUGGUUUUUUGUAUGCUUUGAUCUUAUUAAAAUUGUUUCUACAUAAAAAGUGCUUUCUUUCAUUUGUUUCUAGAAACAAAAACUCUCUUAAGAAUAUUGCUCCAGUGGACAGGCCCAUCUCUUUUUUUUUUUAAAUGAUUCAGCUCAAGUGGAAAGCGAUCUUAAACACAGAUGUUUUUGCUCGUUAGUUAAAAGGGAAAGCUCUAACUAAUUAGUGAGUGCUGUCUGCAUUGAUCCUCACAGCCUAUAGCUCGGUAACGCUUAUACUCUUAAUAAUACACUGAAGAAAAUAAUGUUCUGCAGAACAGAUUGCUAGUGAAAACAGGAGAAUGUGGCGGAAUUUUACUAUGCAAGAAAUAGAAUUACAAAACUAGAAAAUUACUCCCCUUUACUGCUUUUAUUAACUGUUUCUAGCGCAUGGGUUAUCAGUACAGCAGACACAUAUUGUAGUUCAUUUUGAGGGAAAUUAAUUUGCUGAAUACUUUCUCUUAUUCUGUCAGUGUGCCACCCUUUGGAUCUGGUUUGUUGUACACUCUAGUACAGUGAAAAAGUCUUAGAUCAUCUGGUCCCUGACUGGACAUCAUAGGUGUGCUAGGUGAUCCUUGUUACACCCCUUCCAGCUGAACUAUUCUAGUACACUAUAUUCUACAGCAAUUAGAUUACUUGAGGAUGUGUGUUUCUUUAUUUAAAAGUGUGUCAUCCUCACUGCCACAAGUUCAGUCUAGGACCAGAGCAAAUGGGUUCCUUUGCAAUGUUAUUCAUAUUCUCUUUUACACUCUUUCUAAACUGUUCUGGUAAUCUUUUCAUAAGGAUUUGAGAAUCAAUUAACACUAGUUACAAAGCUGGCCUCCAGCUAGAUAACUAAAGUUACAAACAAAUUUCAGAAAAUUUUUGAGACUUGGUAUGUCUUGAAGUGCAGAAUUUGGGCUGCUAAAGCACUGAGCUGUAGGAAGUUGGUCUGCAUUAAUAGCCACUGGAUUAGGCUUGCUUUGUCCUUCAACUCAUUAACUUCUUUCAGACUUUCAGCACAGGCUCUACUUGGUAAAAUUGGUAAAGGACAUAAAGGUGACUUAAAAUAUGAUGAGUUAUUUACCAGGUCUUUGUGACCCACUCAUUUUGCUCUCCCUGGAAUAAGAGAACAUUCCUGUUCUGCCUUGUGUGCUGUGAAAUCACCAGGGGUGUCCUGUAUCCUGUAGAAAUAUUGCUGCCAUAUCUGAUCCAGCCUUGUGAACAGGUGGUCUCUCUGAACUGCAAAUUUUGUAAUGUUUUACCAAGUAAGAGAUCUUUCAAAGUGAUUUACAAAAUGCUAGAUGAAAUUGCUAAAUGAUUUGGCAAUUUUAGGAAUUUCAUUAAUGUACUACAAGUCCUCUGCUAAUGCUGUAUAUUUUAAGACUGACAACCAUUUAAAAAGUCCACUGUAGGCCUUGAAUGGCAGUGACGGCUCAGACAUGGCAAAAGAGUUGCAACUCUAUAAGCUGUUGUCUCAGCAAAGCUCUGUUCCCCAAAAAAAUAUGGAGGGUUUGACAUGGGAUUUGCAUUGCUGAUAUAUUUUUGCUUUUACUAAGAGCUUACGGUAUUAAAAUUGAGAAUAUUGUU